AUGUGUUAUUGUGAACUGUUUCCGGGAGAGUGUUCCACUAAAAGCGUUCCCCGAGAGACAUAAUCGGAAGUUCCGUUUUCCGGGUUCAGAAGCGACUGAAAGAAAAGUUUGAUAAGAAGUGGCAUGGUUUAAAACAAAACAAAUGGAAUCGGGUGACUCUGAAGAAGAUGCAUCGCACACUAGGAGAAGUACCAGACAAUCGUCCAAGACAGUUUUAUUUUAUGCAGAUCUUAAACCCAGACCCCCCUUGAAAAGAACCAGAAAAGCGAGGGAAGAUGAUGCGGCAUCCAGAGCUGUCAAUGGAUCCAAAGAGCCCAAGAGCCCCGCAAAGGGAGAUGAUGAUGGUGAAUCCCCUGUUAAGAUCCAAAAGCUUCAAGAAGCAGAGGGUGGAAAGGAGAGUGGCGAUGGAUUUAAUCACACAGACGAAGCAGAUGUGGAAAUGGAUGAGAAUGUAGACCAGGAUGAAGAUAUGAACUCUGAGGAGGAGGCAGAGCAGGACCAUGGGCUCAGUGUGAAACCUGGGCCUGUGAUAGAUGAAAAGCACGCAACCAAUGUAUGGCAAGUAAAUCCGGAAAUAAAGCUGAUUUUGAGGAGCCGAAGAUCCAUUCACCCUAAGACUGUUGACCCUGAGCUAUACAAACCCAAAACGCAAGCAAAUUACAGUUCAAAACCCCCAUUUAAAGAUCUCAGUAGUUUGGCUGCUGUACCUGUUCAACUCGAAUCACUGGAAAACCAGCAAGAGGUCUUGCAAAAGAGGAUAGACAUAAAAUAUCAGGAUCACAAGGAGGAAAAAGCCAGAGAUGCGCUUAGAGUUCCGCUUCUCAGGAGUUCGAACAGGUACCCACCACCAUCUGAACCCCACAGCAUUCAUGGUUACCAAACAAAUAACCUUCUUAUCAGAAAACAACCCCCAUAUCCCAAAACUCAAGAAUUAAAGAAACCAGUCAUCAUCUCAAAAGCAAGUCCAGCUUCCACCUCUAGAGGGCGUGCAUGGUACAUUCGCAAGUCGCUUCAGUGGUCUCUGAUAGUAAUAUUAUUGUUGGCUUUGGGCUUGCUGGGCUAUCAGAAGUUUCAAGACUCCCUUUUGCCUACAACUGAUGAGGUCCAAGCUGCUACACUGGAGAAGUUUGAAUUGGAGCUAGCUGCACUACAGCUCCUUUUUCCCAGUCAGUGCUCAGUGUUCUGGACAAGGAGUAGAAAACAUCUCAAGCGCCACCUGCAGACACUCAACCCCACUGAACCGGUCAGCUUAAUUUUGACCUCUGGCUUUAAGGCUGAAAGGACAUUGGGCUGCCUUGCUCGAAGGUUAGCCGCAGUUUAUUCCACUUCCCUUAAUUCCUCGAUCAUUGAAAUCGAUGGGACCACCAAAACAGCACAAGACAGUGACCAAGUCAAGCUGGACAUUGAUACAGUUCUGAGGGUAGCAUUUGGAGGUAAUAAAUCUGCGGCCGUCAUCCACCGUUUUGAGGAACUACCUCCUGGAUCUACUCUCAUUUUCUAUCGUUACUGUGACCACGAGAAUGCAGCUUACAAGAACGUUUCCUUGGUCUUCACUGUAAUGCUCUCUGUGGAUACAAUAGAGCCAGAGGCCAGUCUGAGUGUUGUGGAAGAUAUGAUAUAUGAGAAAAUAAAAGGCAAGUUUGUCUUAGAAAAGACAGCUCAGUUUAAUCAAAUGGAUGUGGACAAACUGAGCGGCCUCUGGAGCAGAAUUUCUCACCUCAUCCUGCCAGUGGCAGCAGAGGAGAAGUUUGAACAGCAGGGUUGUGAGGGCUAACCUGAUUGGCCUUUACCGAAAACAUGAGAUUGCGUCACUGUAAUGAGCUUUUUUGACUUAAACUGGUCUAGUUAUAAUGGUUUGAUUUGUGGGCCACAUAAGUGUACAGAGAGAAUCUUUAUUCCAAAGAGGUUUUUAAAAGACAAGUGUAUUAAUAUUUGUUUCUAAUGUUUUAAAUUAAAGAAAUGUUUUUGCAUUCGUCUCAGUUUUUGUUCUUUCGGUUGUUUUGUUGUUGUUUUGUUAAUGUAAUAUGUACAUGUUGUGUGUGAAGGUGAACAUUUGAUAAUAUGAUAGUAAUGCAGAGGCAUUUGGCAUGCAACAUAAAUCAGCUUAAUCAUUUUUUCUUCCCAUGUCCAGGUGCGAUUAAUGACUGAUAAGUUUGGCACUGAGUGUUUUUUAAGUUCUCUACUUCUAAGCUUGGCUGCUUUACAAGUCCAAAUUCUGUUUUUGGUUCUUUAUUGUAUCUUUGUGUGACUAAAAAUAUAAAAAUUAAAAGCGAGUCUAUAUUUGUGAAUGAAUUUUCAAUUAAUAGUCCUCUGGUUUGGGCAGUUUUGUCAUAAAUAGAUUAUGUCCACAAGCUCUUUAAUCUUUCUUGAGGGCUUUGAGUGCCAUAAUAAAUGAUAUGGCUUACA